GAAUAGGAAAGGAGUAGGUUCGGUCUGCGUGCAGAGGCAGCACCGUACUACGUCUGGGAAUAUUCGUGCACGGUGGAGAACGCGCCUCACAGCUCCUCUGCUUUGAAUAGUAGAUUUGUAUAGGGUUUACUAAUACUUAUCAGUUUCAUGUUAUUUAUUUAAUAAAUGCGUUUUUUUUUGAGGUGGUGGAGCCUCGCUUAACAAAUCCAACGAGUUUCAAUUCAACAGUAGCCUAACCGAAUGCUAUUCAUGGAUAAUCUUCUCCGGCAAGGACGAGCUACUGAAUAACCACAGCCUGAGUCAACAAGGUAUCAAGUUACCAUCCUAGGGUGUCUGUGUGAUGCCCCCUACUAGCGGGUCCCCUCCCAGUGUGUGAUGCAUCAUGGCUCCAGUGCUGAGUGGCUUGUGGGAACUGGGGGCCGUGGGGUCAGGGGACGCCACAGCGACGUCCUUAGGCAAUGUGCAGCUGGUCCUAGUGGGCACCCUGAUGACCAUCUCUGUCUUCUUGCUGCUCUCAAUGCUAGUGCUGCUGUGUGCAGGCUGCCAGGGGCCAAAGAAAUCAAAUUGCCGCCCAGUGGCCCACGAGAACCUCAUGAAUGGAGUGUCUGAGAGAGAGACAUUUACCGGUAGUCAGUCUGUGGACAGCCCAGGGACUGACCUAUUGGUGAGCAGCUCACACAACGGCCCACUAACCAGUGGUACAGUGUUGACAGACACCCAGGACAUUAGUCCCCAGCCCUCUGAGGAGAUGCUGUCCAGUCAGUCCGAGCUGCGGAGCUCCAAGUGUCCCCAGGACCGCGAGCUGCCCAGCAUCCCACCCAACAGCACCCUGGAGGGGAUGGGAUGUUCCAGCAGACCCCUUCUCCCUCCCUCUGGAGACGGCACCUACGAGGUGGUGAAGGAGAGAGGUGGCGACUUAACGGCGUCCCGGGAUGUGAGCGUUGAAGACUCCCUGUACGAGACGGUCAAAGAGCUGAAGGACCAUCCAGGGAGCCUGGCUGCAGGUCUCCUCAAUGGAGACGGUACUAUGUCCCCCCUCAGCCCUGAUGACAAUGAAAUUUCCCACCACGACAACCACCUCCCACCUCCCAACAACCCUCCAGCCCUCCACCACCACCACCACCACCACCACAACCACCUCCCACCUCACAACAACCCUCCAGCCCUCCACAACGGCCACCUCAGCCCUGGCUCCCCAGAGCGGGGGCCCCUGUGCGCGGGAGUGGAGUACGCCUCGGUGGAUCUGAACAAGAAGAGCCGUUACAGUGCAGACCUGGAGGCCAGGCGCUCAGCCACCAUCACUGCUGCUGUGAGCCCCAUAGAGGAGCCCGAGGAGGAGGACAGACCCCCGCCUGUACCUGACAAGGUGCUGGAUGAGAACGACAACCAGCCUACCAUGAUGGACGCAGGAGCGGUGGUGGUACUGGGGGCCGCGCUGCAAAACGGAGAGUUAGACUUUCCGCUGUCUACCUCACCGGGGCGAGACAACCCUGUGGUGUCAGAGAGCGAGCUGUCAGACAUGUACUCCACGGUGGGGAAGCCAGUUCUAGAUGUGGAGGAGAAGGAGAGUGACUACAGCAGCAUUGCUGAUAUCAAGGGUCUGGUCCCCGAGUAUUCCUCCAGUGAUCUCUACGCUACCGUCAGGGACAUCUACCCCCAGCCCAGAGAGGGGGAGUCAGACCCCCAGGGACCCCCCACAGAGAGCAUCGAGUCUGGCUACGAGAUCAUCCACAUCCCUAAGACUGGCAGUGGAGAGGACUUGGGGCUGGGGAACCAGGUUCAGGAGCCAGACUAUGAGAGUGUAGGUGAGCUGGCCCUGGGGUUGAACAGGGAGAGCUCCCGUCUCUGACUGCCUAUGGACCCUAAAGCCUGAGUCUCUGGGGCCUCACCCUCAACCCCAGCCAUUAACCUCACUCCUAGCCUCACCCUCAACCCCAGCCAUUAAUCUCACUCCUAGCCUCACCCUCAACCCCAGCCAUUAAUCUCACUCCUAGCCUCACCCUCAUCCCCAGCCAUUAACCUCACUCCUAGCCUCACCCUCAACCCCAGCCAUUAAUCUCACUCCUAGCCUCAACCCCAUCCCCAGCCAUUAACCUCACUCCUAGCCUCACCCUCAACCACAGCCAUUAGCCUAACUCCUAGUCUCACCCUCAACCCCAGCCAUUAGCCUAACUCCUAGACUCGCCCUCAACCCCAGCCAUUAGCCUCACUCCUAGUCUCACCCUCAACCACAGCCAUUACCUAACUCCUAGCCUCAAUCUCAAUCCCAGCCAUUAACCUCACUCCUAGCCUCACCCUCAACCCCAGCCAUUAGCCUAACUCCUAACCUCACCCUCACCCUCAACCUAAACGAUUAACCUCACUCCUAACCUUACCCUCAACCUCAGCCAUUAGCCUCACUCCUAGUCUCACCCUCAACUCCAGCCAUUAGCCUAACUCCUAGUCUCAAUCUCAACCCCAGCCAUUAACCUCAACUCCUAGGCUCAAUCUCAACCCCAGCCAUUAGCCUAACUCCUAACCUCACCCUCACCCUCAACCUAAACGAUUAACCUCACUCCUAGCCUUACCCUCAACCCCAGCCAUUAGCCUAACUCCUAGGCUCAAUCUCAAUCCCAGCCAUUAGCCUA